UUAUGCACGUGUUUACAUUUUUUAACUCUCUCAAACACCUACAAAUUUCAUCGACAAAAAAUUCGUCUAACACCAUAAUGGAAACUCCCGAAGAUUGUCCACCGGCUGAAAAAAAGUUAAAAGAAACUGAAAGUGAAGAAAACACAACUCCCAAAAUACCAGCUGCCUUAGAAAAUAAUCCCGGCUUUACACCACCCACUCCAUUUAGUAAAAAUCAACUGAAAAAACAAAGAAAAUUAGCACAAUACGAACAAGUACGCAAAGAAAGACGUCAAAAGGAAAAGGAGAGACAAAAGCAAAAACGUAAAGAAGCAGCUGAGAAAGGAUUGCCCAUAAGGACAGGACCUUCACGUAAAGAACUUAAGAAAAAGCAACAGGCGGCUGUUGAAAAUGAAAAUGCACUACGUAUAGCUAUCGAUUUGGAUUGUGAUGAUAUGAUGAGCGAACGAGAUGUGGCAAAAUGUGUAAAACAAUGUCUGCGCAUCUAUACGAUUAAUAGGAGAUCAGAGAAACCAGUGCAAUUACAUUUAACGGGUAUUAAAUCGGAAGGUAAUAUACACAAGUGUCUCAAGAAAAAUGAUGGCUGGGAAAAUUGGCAGCUGAAGUAUCAUUUUGAUGAGGAUCACCUAAAAGUCUUUCAACCUAAUAGCCAAUUAGUGUAUUUAACUAGUGAAUCGGAUAAUGUACUUGAAACACUAGAGCCUUCUAAUGUUUAUUGUAUUGGUGGUCUGGUAGAUCAUAAUCAUCAUAAAAACUAUUGUCAUGACAAAGCUACCAGGGAGGGCUUACGUACGGCCCGUUUGCCUUUGGGAGAAAAUGUGGAUAUGAAAACUAGAACUGUAUUGACUACAUAUCAUGUUUUUGAAAUCCUGGUACGUGUGGCCGAAGGCAAAAGUUGGGCUGAUGCUAUUUUACAAACUAUACCACCCAGAAAGGGUGCUAAACUUAAGGAGGGUGCAGUUCUAAAAGGAACUGAGAAUGUAGUUGAUGAAUCUGUUAAAACUUUAGAUCUUCCGGUACAGGAUGUAGCUAUUAAUACUUGCCAAGUAGAGAAAAAUGAAGGCAAUGACAGUUGACAUCCAGUUUGUUAAUAAAUUCAGAAAAAUUAAAAAAAAAUAAA